GAACAUUUGUAUCUGCUUUCACCGUGCUGUGCGGAGCCCGGACCGACCUCCCUGACAGGCACAUGUGUUGUGUGUUCUGGCUGAACAUUGCUGCUGCUCUGAUUCAGAUCCUGACGGCAAUUGUGAUGGUUGGCUGGAUUAUGAGUAUAUUUUGGGGGAUGGACAUGGUCAUUCUUGCAAUCUCACAAGGCUACAAGGAACAGGGGAUCCCACAGCAGCUGUAG